AUGAAAAAAAAUAAUAAAAAAUCCUAAACCACAAAAAUCAAGGUAACUCCUUGUUCUAAUGAUCGUUAUUAUAUGGAUUAGUUAAUAGAUGAAGAUGUUUACCUUAAGUAAAAUUAUAAAGUUGUAAGGGAAUUGGGAAGAGGUGGUUAUGGAGUUGUUUAUAAGGCGUAUGAAAUUAAUCAUAUAUUUUAGUCUAGGACUUAAUUAAGGUUAAAUUGAGAAAACUAAAAAAUAUGCUAUAAAGGUUAAUUUUUCAACAGUGUCUCCAGAAUUAAUUUUUGCAGAAAUUGGAUUUUUAAAAUUAGUUUAUGGUAAAGAGAAUAUGCCUUAAUUGGUGAAUUUAUUUUUGAAGGAUUAAAAAAUAUAUAUAGUAAUAGAAUACUUUACCUAUAAGCCAUUUAUUGUAAGUAAUUCAUAUUAAUAAGACAUUUUUUGCAAAUUUUGAUAUGAUGUAAAUAAGAAAAUAUCUUUACGAAUUAUUGAAGGCAUUAAAUAUUUUAAAAUAGAAUGGUAUCUAUCAUAGAGAUGUGAAACCUGGUAAUUUUCUUUACAAUCCUAAAACUUGUAAGGGAAUUCUUAUUGAUUAUGGACUUAGUGAAAUUGAUAGGUCAUUUGUUGCAAAAUUGAUUGAAAAGGAGAAAGAUUUAUCUAAGAAUGUAAAAAUUAAGUAAAAAAUAUUAAAGAACCCUUAAUCAGAUGAAGUCUAAGAGAUUAGAAGAAAAAUUAAUUUAUAUAACGAAAUUUAAAAAACGAUAGAUUAAAUUGGAUAAAAUAAAAUAGGUACAGAAAGUUUUAUGCCAUUAGAAAGUAUUUUGCAUCAUCAUGUAUAAAAAAUAUUAAUUAUAAAAUAGGAUUAAUCAUAUGAAGUUGAUAUGUGGGCAGUUGGUGUUAUAUUUUUAUAGUUUUUAACUAAGAAAUAUAAUUUAUUUAGCAAUGUUAGAAUGAUUAAUAAACCUGUUGGUCCAAAAAAUUUUUUUUAUGUUAACUUUAUUUUGGAAUUGGCAAGUUUAUUUGGAUCUGAAUAAGUAAGAUAAAUUUGUGAUUUGUUUGGUAUUAUUACUUAUUAAUUUAGAGUAUGAUUUAAAAUUACCAUCAGUAUCAGCAACAAAACCUAUCAAAUGGAAAUAAAUAAUUCACAUGGAAGGUUUUGAUGAUAAUGCUGAAGAUUUAUUAUAAAAAUUGCUUUGUUUACAUCCAAAAUAAAGAAUUAAAGUUGAAGAUGCAUUAAAGCAUCCUUUUUUUCAAACUUUAAUAUCUUAAGAAUUGUAAGCAGAAACUAACUUUUAAUUAGAAUAAGAAUUUAAUAUGAUUAAACAAAUUGAAAUAUGA